GAGUGUGUGCGCGCGAGCGUGUGCAUCUGAGAGAGAGAGGGAGAGAGAGAUGCAUAACGAUAAUGGUAUAUGUUAGUGGUGGUUGGAAUGCCAGGUUGCCAUGAAAUAACAGAGUAAGCUGAGGGUAUAGAGCUCUAAACUCUUUUUAGGCAUUCAUUGAUGAUGACUCCAAUCCAAGGAUUCAUGAUUCCGAAUCCAAUUUCAAUUUCCCUUUGUGGGUCCGUCUCUUAUUCUCUGUUUCAUCACUUCCCGCGUAAAUCUUCUUCAAAGUUCCCAAAGUAUUUUUUUGAUAGUGUGGGUAGCUUAAAUCUAGCUGCUUUCAGUAAUACCGCGACUUCCCAAGUUUUUGGUGAAUUCCCAGCUGAAGAAAAUGAAAGAGAUUCAAUAGACACGACCAGGGCAAAUGGACAUGACUUAUUGGGACGUCGUGAAAUUCAGGCUAAUCAUCAGACUUACCUUUGGCUUCUAGAUGGAUAUGUCAAGUCUGGGUCUUUAACAGAUGCUAAGAAGCUUCAUGGGAAGAUAUUGAAAUCCGGUUUUGAUGAAUAUAAUGUCAUUUCUUGCCGGCUUAUUGAUGUUUAUGUUGCUUGGGGUGACUUAGAUGAUGCAGUCAAGCUUUUUGACAAAUUGCCCGAUAGAACUUUGUAUUCCUGGAAUAACUUAUUGUCAGGUUUUGUAAAAAAGAAUUCUACUAGUCGAGUAUUGAAUCUCUUUUCACGAAUGCUGGCAGAAAAUGUUUGUCCGGAUGAGAGUACAUUCUCAAGUGUUUUACGGUCAUCCAGUGGAGGAAAAGUUGCUUUUGGCUAUGUGGAACAUAUUCACGCUAAGGUUAUUCGUCAUGGUUUUGGUGAAAAUCCCCUUGUUUGCAAUCCUCUAAUUGAUUUGUACUCAAAGAAUGGGUUUUUAGAUUCUGCUAAAAAGGUUUUUGAGAGUUUGUCCUCGAGGGAUAGUGUUUCUUGGGUUGCUAUGAUAUCUGGUUUGUCACAAAAUGGACAUGAAGAAGAAGGCAUCCUCCUAUUUUGUGAGAUGCAUAAAUCAGGAAUUAUCCCAACCCCUUAUAUUUUCUCAAGUAUCAUAAGUGCUAGUACCAAGUUAGGGUGGUUCGAGCUGGGUGAGCAGCUUCAUGCCCUUAUUUAUAAGUGGGGAUUUUCAUCUGAAAUUUUUGUGUGUAAUGCUCUUGUCACUUUGUAUAGUCGAUAUGGGAACUUGUUAUGUGCUGAACAAAUUUUCAGCAAAAUGCAGCAUAGAGAUAGAGUUUCGUAUAAUUCACUCAUCUCAGGGCUUGCUCAACAUGGAUUGAGCGAGAGAUCUCUUAAGUUAUUUGAGAAAAUGCAACUUGAUUCUUUGAAACCUGACUGUGUUACAGUCGCAAGCCUAUUGAGCGCCUGUGCAUUAGUUGGGGCUCUUCAGAAGGGAAGGCAACUCCACACCUAUGCAAUAAAGGCAGGAAUGACUUCAGAUAUAAUUAUUGAAGGUUCUCUGCUUGACCUUUAUGUGAAAUGUUCUGACGUUGAAACUGCUCAUGAAUUCUUCCUCACAACUCAGACAGAAAAUGUUGUUCUGUGGAAUGUAAUGCUAGUGGCUUAUGGGCAGAUGGGUGACCUGAAUGAGUCGUUUUGGAUAUUUUCGCAGAUGCAGAUUGAAGGCCUGACCCCUAAUCAGUACACAUACCCCAGUAUAUUGAGAACUUGUACUUCCCUGGGAGCUCUGGAUCUAGGAGAGCAAAUACAUACCCAAGUCAUAAAAACUGGCUUUCAGCCAAAUGUGUAUGUUUGUAGUGUGCUUAUAGAUAUGUACUCUAAGCAUGGAAAAUUAGAUACUGCUUUGAGAAUUCUCAGACGGCUCGAUGAGGAAGAUGUUGUAUCUUGGACUGCUAUGAUUGCUGGAUAUGCUCAACAUGAUAUGUUUGUUCAAGCUCUUAAGCUUUUUGAAGAAAUGCAAGACCGAAGGAUCCGGUCAGAUAACAUUGGAUUUUCAAGUGCAAUCAGUGCAUGUGCUGGAAUUCAAGCACUGAAUCCAGGACGACAAAUUCAUGCGCAAUCAACUGUGUCUGGUUACUCUAUGGAUCUUUCAAUUGGAAAUGCUCUUGUCACCCUCUAUGCUAGAUGUGGUAGAAUAGAAGAUGCGUAUUUAGCAUUUGACAAUAUUGAUGCGAAAGAUAAUAUUUCAUGGAACGGAUUGAUAUCAGGAUUUGCACAGAGUGGGCACUGUGAGGAAGCAUUGCAGGUUUUCUCUCAGAUGAAUCAAGCUGAAAUAGAAGUUAAUAUGUUCACAUUUGGGUCUGCAGUUAGUGCAGCUGCCACUAUGGCAAAUAUAAAACAAGGGCAGCAAAUUCAUGCUAGGAUAAUAAAAACAGGAUACAAUGUAGAAACUGAGGCUUCCAAUGUUUUAAUAACAUUGUAUGCAAAGUGUGGGUGCCUUGAUGAUGCGAAGAGAGAGUUUCUUGAAAUGCCUGAGAAAAAUGAAGUAUCAUGGAAUGCCAUGAUAACAGGCUAUUCUCAACAUGGUUGUGGUGGUGAAGCAAUAAAACUCUUUGAGGGAAUGAAACAGCUUGGCUUGAUGCCAAACCAUGUCACUUAUGUUGGUGUUUUAUCAGCCUGUAGCCAUGUGGGCUUGGUAGAUGAGGGACUCAACUACUUCAACUCCAUGAGCCAAGAGCAUGGCCUAGUACCAAAACCAGAACAUUAUGUUUGUGCUGUAGAUAUUCUUGGUCGGGCAGGUCUUUUGUACCGUGCAAAAGAAUUUAUAGAGAAAAUGCCUAUUGAAGCAGAUGCAAUGGUCUGGAGGACCCUCUUGAGUGCUUGCACGGUGCAUAAGAAUGCGAAAAUUGGAGAGUUGGCCGCCCGUCAUCUACUAGAACUAGAACCAGAAGACUCGGCAACAUAUGUUCUUCUGUCAAAUAUGUAUGCAGUUGCUGGAAAAUGGGGUUAUAGGGAUCAGGUAAGGCAAUUGAUGAAAGACAGAAGUGUAAAGAAAGAGCCUGGUUGUAGCUGGAUUGAGGCUAAGAAUUCAAUUCAUUCAUUCUUUGUUGGUGACAGACGUCAUCCAUUAGUGGAUAAGAUCUAUGAAUUUUUAGAGGAUCUUAACCAAAGGGCGGCUGCAAUGGGUUAUGUUCAAGAUCGUUAUAACCUUUGGAAUGAAAUGGAGCAGGGGCAGAAGGACCCAACAGCAUAUGUUCACAGUGAAAAGCUGGCUAUUGUGUUUGGGCUCUUAAGCUUGUCUACUACAGUACCCCUGCGUGUGAUUAAAAAUCUUCGUGUUUGCAAUGAUUGCCAUAGUUGGAUAAAGUAUGUAUCAAAGGUCUCAAAUCGAGCUAUUGUAGUACGAGAUGCAUACCGCUUCCAUCAUUUUGAAGAUGGUAUCUGUUCGUGUAAAGACUACUGGUAA